UUCCCUUUAGGUUUUCGUUGAAAAGAUUUAAAUAAGGCUCGGUCCUUAAUUUUAUUUUAUUUUUUUAUGUUUUCAAGGGUUUUAUUUUUAAAUUUUCUUUUUCUUUUUCUCCAUUCAACAAAUUCUUAUCAAUAACCCCAACGCACCAAGCAUUUAAUUGAUGGCUAACAUUUAAUUUUCACAUCGUACUAUUAACACAAUAAUAAAUUUGACAGUGGGAGUCCAACUCUGAAUGGAGAAUGAAUUGGAAGUUUGACAUUAAAUAAGAAAAGUGCAAAACGGAAAAAUACACAUAUGGGAGAGCGUGAAAUGCAGAAGAUAAGCAGCAAGUAUGGGCUGGUCUGCCACUUGUUAUCCUCAACACCCAUUAAGGCAGAGAGAGAGGGGUUGUUGAUUAAGUGAUGGCAUCCAUUGGCAUAAGUGCUUCCACACAAAGAGCUUGCAGCUCUCAACAUAUCACUAAGAAGGUGUCUGCUGAGGCUAGACAUCAUGUUGUCACCCCCAACCCCAACGUUGAACCUCUAAAAUUACCCCAAAAACAACAACACCAUCAGCCUCCAUUGGACCAACAAAGAUUUAGUGACGCCAGAUGGAAGAAUGGCACGUGGGAUCUCAACAUGUUUGUAAAACAGGGAAGAAUGGAUUGGGACUCUCUUAUUGUUGCAGAGGCGAAGAGAAGAAAGUUUUUGGAAGUAUAUCCAGAAGCGUCAAGAAAUGAAGAAGCGGUGGCAUUCAGGAGUUCGAUUAUACCAUGGUGGGUAUGGAUUGUUCAUUCUCACCUCCCCGAGGCUGAGCUGCUCAACGGUCGAGCGGCUAUGGUCGGGUUUUUCAUGGCCUAUAUUGUGGAUGCUAUGACGGGGCUCAACGUCGUAGGCCAGACUGGGAACUUCAUCUGUAAGGUUGCUCUUCUUUUUACUGUAGUUGGACUGCUACUAUUUCGAAGGAAAGAAGAUAUCGAGAAUAUAAAGAAGCUAGCCGAUGAGGCGACGUAUUAUGACAAGCAAUGGCAAGCGUCGUGGGAAAAUCCAGAUACGACUACUGUUGUGAAAGACAAUAGUAUUAAGAACAAUCGAUAGCUCGAUCGAGUUGUUGGAAAAUUAGAAUUAAAUGGUAAUAAAACUACAAUUAUUUAUGGUAAAUUGUUGGGAUUGAAACUAAAUUGUAGAUUUGGAAUCUACGUUUCGAGCACAUAAAUUUAAUGUAUUUAAUAGUUCAUUUUGGAGUUGA